CCGAGGUUCAUACUAAACUGAUUCUUUGCAUUACUGUGUUUUUUAUAUGUUAUUUCUAUUGUGAAAUUUAACUAGAAGAAAUACACUUGAUUAGAUUGUGAAAGUUAAGAGGUAGAAACUGAAAUGGAUCGUCUUCUUCGUCUUGGUGGUGGAAUGGCGGGCUUAUCACAGGCGCCACCUCCUACCGAUGCUCCAGCAGUGGACACCGCGGAGCAAGUGUACAUCUCUUCCCUAGCACUCCUUAAAAUGCUGAAACAUGGACGUGCUGGCGUUCCUAUGGAGGUUAUGGGUCUCAUGCUCGGAGAGUUUGUAGAUGACUAUACAGUUCGAGUUAUUGAUGUAUUUGCUAUGCCACAAACCGGGACUGGAGUAUCUGUAGAGGCUGUUGAUCCAGUCUUCCAAGCUAAGAUGUUGGACAUGUUGAAACAAACAGGACGACCCGAAAUGGUUGUUGGAUGGUAUCAUUCACAUCCUGGCUUUGGUUGUUGGUUAUCUGGUGUGGAUAUCAACACUCAACAGUCAUUUGAAGCAUUAUCGGAACGUGCAGUAGCUGUUGUGGUUGAUCCCAUCCAGUCGGUAAAGGGUAAAGUUGUGAUAGACGCGUUCCGCCUUAUCAACUCAAAUAUGAUGGUACUUGGACAAGAGCCCAGACAAACCACCUCAAAUCUCGGGCACCUCCAGAAACCAUCUGUACAAGCUCUUAUACAUGGAUUAAAUCGUCACUACUAUUCAAUUAGUAUAAAUUAUAGAAAGAACGAGUUGGAACAAAAAAUGUUGUUGAAUUUACAUAAGAAGUCCUGGAUGGAUGGACUAACUUUAUCUGACUACAAAGAGCAUUGUUCUGUUAAUGAGUCCACAGUUACCGACAUGCUGGAAUUAGCUAAAAACUAUAAUAAGGCUUUAGAAGAUGAGGAGAAGAUGACUCCAGAACAAUUAGCCAUUAAGAAUGUAGGCAAACAAGAUCCUAAAAGACAUUUAGAGGAGAAAGUGGAUGUGCUCAUGGCCAACAACAUAGUCCAGUGUCUAGGAGCUAUGCUUGACACUUUGGUAUUCAAAUGAUUUUUGAUGUGACAGACAGUAUAUACAAUAAGUCUUAAAAUAACUAGGAUGGUUAUCUUUAACACGUCUCAUGGUUUUGUAAUGUAAAAAUAACUGUACUAUUUUACUGAAUUGUACCUAAAACACUAAAUAAAAGUCUUUAUUAGUG